AUGGAUAAUAACAUAAUAGUACAUGAACAAUGGCGACCGAUUCUAGGAAAUGAAAUAAUUUUGGUAGAACCUAACGAUUAUGUUAAACUUGGUGUUAUUAUCUCUAACCAAAGAUUAACAGACGUAGAAGAAAAUGGAGACAGAGAAAAAAAUAGAGACGUAGAAAAAAAUGGAGACAUAGAAAAAAAUGGAGACAUAGAAGAAAAUGGGGGCAUAGAAAAAAAUGAAGACAUAGAAAAAAUGGAAACCUUAUCCCAAUACCCAAUCACAUUUCCCUUAAUUAUUCCCAAAUUGAACGAAGCGAAAGAAUUUAAUGUGAUGCUUCCUUUGUACACUGGACCAAUCAUAAAAUGGGAACCGAGUCCUGGAAUGAUAAUUGAAAACCGUCUUUUCAGUGAUCCAUUCAAACUAAUCGUUGCUAUUCGUAUUGGAAAAAAUUCACCCGGAAAGAGUACAAUUCUUAAUCGUUUAAUGACUUCUGAUUAUAUGUUUUCUUCAAAAUGUGAUCCCGGGGCAAAAUUUGGAGCCCCAUAUAUGGUUAACGGAAGUGUAGAGUUUACUUGGUUGACUCAAGAAACUUGUAAAAUGGAUCUAUGGAACGAGGUUUUUAAAGAUUAUUAUCAAAAUAAAAAAAAAGAAAUUGUAUUACUUGCAAAUUUACACGGCCAUGCUUUAGAUUAUCAAGAUCAAAUUCGAUUUUUAAAUCUAUUACCUUCAAGUUUCAUAGUUUUUAUAAUGCCUGAUUAUACAAUAAAACAAAUAAAUAGCCUUGAAGCUCUAAUUGGUUCUAAAAAAUAUAUAUAUGCUAGUGUAAAUCAUAAUGGAAAAGAAAGAGAUUGUAUAGUUAUUAACACUAAAAAAUUGAUCGAAGAACAUACACUAAGCAAAGUGCGCAAGAUGUUCAGAGAAGCCUUAAAUUUUGAUAGCGAUAGCGCUUCAUUCAAUAUUUACAAAUUGGAAUUAGGAACAUCGCUUAAAAUGGUUGAAGGAAUAGAGCUUUCUGAGUCACAAGAAUUGAUAAAUUUUGUUAAAACAAAAACUUGUCAUUAUACUAAACUGAAUAUUAUGCAACUACAAAAAGGAAAUGAGAAUCAUUCGUAUAUUUGGCAAGAUAAUGAUGAAUUGAAAGAAUUGAUAAAAUUAUAUAUCAGCAUACUGACAUUGCCCCAUGGUAAAAGAAGAAGAGCUCUGACGCAUGUUGGAAGAGAAAUAUCCAGAAUUUCUAUGGAGGAGUCUUCUGAAUUUCGAAAUCAAGCUAUAUUGAAAAGGAUAGAAUUAUCUAAGUCUAGUUUGGUUAAUAAGGAUGAGGAUAGAGAGAUGAUUCAAAAUGAAAUUAGAAAACUUUGGACAGAAGUGGAUAAUAAAAGUUUGGGUUUAGAACACUUUUACCGUGUAUUAGGACAAUUAUACAAGUUUAGAAUUAGUGAUUUAAAUGGCAUAAACUUUUUGGAUCUACCUGAAUUUUACGCAGAAUUACUGAUUGAUGGUCACACUAUAGAAUUGUUAAAUGGCGAUGCAGGUACUAUACCGGAAGCUUGGUUCUCAGCUAUUUGUAGUCAUGUUUGUAGAAAGUUUAAUGAUCUUCGAGUUUAUGUGAUCAGCAUAAUUGGCUUACAAUCAUCUGGAAAGUCGACUCUCUUAAAUGCACUUUUUGGAUGCAGAUUUGCCGUUUCAGUAGGGCGUUGUACUAAGGGUCUUUUCAUGAGAUUACUAUUUUUGGAAGAAGAUUUAUGCAAGCAACUCGGUGUAGAUGCAUUUAUCGUAAUUGAUACCGAAGGUCUUGGCGCAAUUGAAAAAAUAGAUCCAGUAAAGAACGAUAGAAUAUUGGUAACGUUCGCGAUGGGUAUAAGUAAUUUAACUAUUAUAAACGUACUCGGAGAAUCGAUGAGAGACUUGACAGAUAUGUUACAAAUUGCAAUAGUUACGAUGGCACGUCUUGAAAAAGCUGAGAUUGCACCUGACAUUAAAAUGGUACAACAUAUUUCAGAACGAAAUAAAGAAAAGCUAUCCGAACCAGAAGAAAGUUUUCGCACAGCUCUACAGGAAGCUUUGAAAAUAACUGUAGAACAAGAUAUGGAGAUGGGACUUUUUAAUGCAGAGUGCCUUAAAAUUCUUGAUAAAAGAAUAAAAGAUGGUAAAUUCCUUAAACAGUUUCGACCAUUUAAGAAUGGUGCUACUGUACAUGCGCCACCAUCGGAGCAAUAUCAUGAAGACAUUGUUGAUUUAUAUAAUUCUAUACUUGACGAUUGCAAAAACUUACAAAGAAAAUUUAAAUUUGAAGAAUGGCAUACAAUAAUUCAAAGUUAUUGGAGCGCAGUAUCACAUGAAGAUUUUGCUGUACGUUUUAAAAAUAUCAAAGAAAUAUAUAAAUUUAUCGAGCAUGGAAAAUACACGGAAAAAGUAAAAGAAGCAAUAAGUGAGUCAUUUUUACAACAUGAGGAACGAGUCAUGCAAGUAAUUCGUGCUAAGCUUCAAGGAUGGUCGUGCGAUAAUAAAUUGAAUGAAAAUUCAGAUCUUCGCAAUAGUGAACUAAAGUUUAUUUUAUCUUGUAAUAUACAAAGAGAUGCCGACUGUGAGGAAUGUAAAAAAGCAAAUAACAAAUUAAAUGAAUUUGAAAAGUACCUAAAGGAAGAGAAUAAUCAAAAGUUUUAUAUAGAGAACAAGCAAACCAUCAACAACUAUAUUGAGCUUAAUAGUCAAUCUGCAUCAUCAAAGCUUGUGCAUAUAGUAGAAGCCAAUUUUAUUCAGAAAGGUUAUUCGUCACAGUUUUUAAAUAUUAUAAACAAAGCUUUGGAAGAUAUAAGGAAUAAAACAAAUGGAAAAUUUUCUGAUGAUGAAAUUACACAAAAAAUUACAGAAAUUUGGAAUUUAUUGCGAAAUAAUACAUCAUCAAAUUACCCGGUUACUCCAAUAGAGGAUAUAAUAUAUUCUGAGGUCAAAUCUGCAUACUCUAGUUGGUUAUCGAUCAUGUCAAUUGACAAUGAAUACAAAGACGGAAUCAUUCCAGAUUUACAUGAAUAUGGACCGAUAACAAAACGAGUUUUACCAAAACAAGAUAUCGAUAUUAUUGAAGAAAAACUUGAUAAUUUGACAGAUUUAAUUUUAAAAGAAAAACCUCAACAUUUUUAUAAUGGUAUAGUGAAUGACCUCAAAAGUAAAAUAGAAAAAACGUUUUCUGAUUAUUCAAGUAUUUUUAAAUCUUUUCCUUUGUUUAAACGUCAAGCUCACAUUUAUGCCUUGUUAAAAUUUAAAUUAAAAUUGAUAGAAUAUCAGAAAAUAUGGGAUGAAGAAAAUCAUCCACUUUACAUACUUGAUCAAAAGAAAGAAGAAUACUCUAAUAUUAUUAAAGCUCGGCUUCAGCAUGAAUCUACACUUGUUUCUGAAGCAUAUAUAGUUGCUGACUAUUUAUUAAGAGUUAUUCAUAAAAAAGCAAUGAAAGCAGGGAAUUGUGCACUCAAAGAUGCAGUAAAGAAGAUUCCAUGGUUGACUCGUACAGAGACAGUAAGAUUAAAGUAUUUUGAAGAACUCGCUAAGGAAGUUCAAAAUGGCUAUAAAGAAAAUGCUUUAAAUCAUUUCAAAAAUCCGAAACAUCAUUUUGAAAGUUGGUUCAAGUCUACUAUUGAUAAUGUUGUAGAUGAGAAUCCGGAGCAUAAAUACAAUUAUACUUUUAAAAGAGAGAUAAGCCAGGUUUAUAAUAAGAUUAGCAGCUGUAAAAAUUAUAAAGAAAUUAAAUUAUUUGUAAAUAAUUAUAUGACAAAAGUUGACAAAAUAGACUACAAAUUAGAUAUUGAGGACUCCGUAAUAUCCGAAAAUAAAGAUUUCAAAACCUUUUGUGAAAUUAUAAUAAAGGAGAUUAGUGUCAAAAUGGAUAAUUGCUAUUCAAACCAAGAAAAUAAAGAGCCUUUUAUAAAGUUAUCUGAUGAUAAAUCAAUUAUGAAAAUGCUUGGAUGCACUGAAAGUUGCUACUUUUGUGGUGCUUUGUGUUGGGGGUCUUUAGGACAUCACGAAAAUAGUGAUGAUUCGAAAAUUCACUAUACCAGUCAUCAGCCACGUGGCUUUAGAGGGACAAAGGAUCAAGAAACGAAAGAGCUAGUACCAACGGCAUGCCAUUGUAUACCAAAUGAUUACGAGGUUUGGUACCUUGGUAAAAGCGAUCCAACAGAAUGGUGCACUGCAAAAGAUAAAGAUUUUUCUAAUUGGAAAUUUAAACCUCAUUAUAAAAAAAUGUUUAAUGAUCUUAUGUGUUGGUUUUUUGUAAAGUUGCAUGAAGAUUUAGCAAAUUUUUAUAUAUCUGAGCCGGUAUCUCGUAAAAGUUUAAAAAGCUAUGGUUGGUUAAAUUUGGAUUAUGAUAAUAUUAUAAAUGCACUUAGGGCAGAAAUUUAUCCAACCGUGACUAAAUCUCCUACCCUUAUAGAUAUGCUAGUAACCUUUUUACGUCCAAGUAAAAGGUUAAAUAAUUGUUGA